CCCCUUCGGUUGUAUUUCCACACUUCACCACUAGAGGGAUAUUCACAUUUACAAUUCAUGAUAUGUUACUACCUCUGUGACGUCACAGUGCACCACACACUGAGCAGCAGACAGAAUAAUACAUCUCGCAACCAGCGUGAUGUUAUUGAACAGCAGCUGGCAGAUGACUGCAAGAAUCACCUCACAUGAUCAAAUCCCUAAACCCAGUAAAGUUUAAGUGUUCUGAAUCAUGUACUACAAUUCUACUGACACAAUGGUAGCCGAAGAUGAAUCGAACAUGAUCAGCAGUGAUGAUGGCCCCUCCAAAAGCGAGGAGACCCAGGACAACAGGCAGAGGAGUACGCGUCCGGUUGAAACUCUGCAUCUUCUGUCAGCCGUGGUAGUGUGGCUGGUUACGGGAACCACCAUCUCCAGCCUGAACAAAUGGAUAUUUGCAGUGUACAACUUCAGAUACCCGCUCCUCCUUUCAGCUCUGCACAUGCUCACGGCCAUAAUUUUCGGAGUCAUAAAGUACUGGUUUGAUCGAAGCCAAGGUGUGGCAAGGCAGGAGCUGACCUCCAGCGCCAAGUGCAAAGUGUUCCUACUGAGCCUGACCUUCUGCGCCAGCAUCGCCUUCGGCAACGUCGGCCUCAACUACGUGCAGCUGUCCUUUGCUCAGAUGAUCUACACGACCACGCCGAUCUUCACUCUGGCCAUCUCGUCUCUGGUGCUUGGCAAACAGCACCAUAUCCUCAAAUACACCGCCAUGAUGCCCAUCUGCCUCGGGGCUUCCUUCAGCAUUAUGGGCGAGGUGCAGUUUGAUCGGACAGGCUGUCUGUUUGUGCUCGCCGCCACCAUGCUACGGGGGAUAAAGAGCAUCCAGCAAAGCAUCCUUCUCCAGGAGGAGAAGAUCAACUCCGUGUUCCUGCUCUACCUGAUGGCCAUCCCCAGUUUCUGCAUCCUGUCUGUGGCAGCUCUGUUCCUGGAAAACUGGUCUGCUCUUCAGUCACCGCACCACUACGACAGACAUUUGUGGGGCUUCAUUGUGCUCAGCUGCCUGGGUUCUGUGCUCUAUAACCUGUCGAGUUGCUUCGUGAUCAGCCUUACUUCCGCCGUCACGCUGCACAUCCUGGGCAACCUGAACAUGGUGGGAAAUCUGCUGCUUUCCCAGCUGCUGUUCGGCAACCAGCUUUCUGCGCUGAGCUGUGCCGGGGCUGUGCUCACACUCUCCGGGAUGAUCAUCUAUCAGAACUCCGAGUUCCUCAUCACGUAUAUGGACACCAGACGCAAAAAAGAGGCAGAAACUUGUUCAAGAUGCACUUAUGAGAACACUUAUGAGUCUUUAAGUUUAUAUUCGUCCCAGGACCCAUCGUUAGAACUUGAACUAUGCCCUUCUACAGAGCCAUCUCUCGAAAUGUAUGAUGAUUCAGAACCAUGGGAAGAACUAUACAGUGAUCUAGAACCACCUCCAGCACCAGAACAUGACCUAAAAACAUCUCCAAAACUGUACCAUGACCUCCAAGCACCUUUAAAACCAAAUCAUGUCCAAGAAGCACUUGAUCAAGAUCUAGAACCAUAUCUGGAACUGUGCCAUGACCCACAUCUAUCUGCAGAUCCACCUGCAGCACUAGACCAUGACCUAAAACCGUCCUCAGAAAUAGACCAAAACCCAGGACUAUCCUCAGAAUUAAACCAUGACCUAGAACUAUUUUUAAAACUAGAGCAUGAGCUAGAACCAUCUUUAGAGCUGGGCAAUCAUGUAGUGCCAUUGCCAGAAUCAGACCAUGAGCUAGAACCAUUUUUAGAGUUGGUCCAUCAUUUAGAACCAUCUUCAGAACUAGAGCAUGAGCUAGAACCAUCUUUAGAGCUGGUCCAUCAUUUAAAACCAUCUUCAGAACCAGACCAUGAACUAGAACCAUCUUUAGAGCUGGUUCGUCAUGCAGAACCAUCUUCAAAACCAGACCAUGUGCUAGAACCAUCUUCAGAGCUGGUCUGUCAUGCCAGACCAUCUUCAGAACUAGACCUUGCGGUAAAUCCAAGCUCAGAACUGGAACAUAAUUUAGAACCAUCCUCAGAACCAAUGCAUGAUCUACAACCAUGCUUAGAACCAGUUCAAGAACCAUCUUCACUAUUUCACCAUGAUCAAGAGCCAAGUUCAGAACUAGACCAUGGCUUUUACCCGCUUCCAGCACUAGACAAUGACCUUGAACCAUCUUCACUACAAGAACAUGAUCUAAAACCAUCUCUAGAACAAGGCCAUGCUUAUGAUCUUGUCCAUGACCUACAAUCAUCAGAACGGUUUGAUGAAUCUAAGUUACGUCAAGAAUCUCUUCUUGGAAGCUACAGUGAUGUAGAACCUUCAGCAGAGCGAGAACUGUUUCCGAAAGUAGCUCCCAAAUCCGACAGUAGAACAGAGAUGAGGUUCCACAAAAAAAUGGACUGAAGUCUGUAAGGCCUAUGGGUCUUAAUUACAAUAAAUUUUAUCUGGAGGUUGAACUGUUUAUUCUGUGAGCUCCUAUUACACAUUUUUCAUCAACAUGGUGCUGAUGUCUGUUCUGCGAUCCCUUUUUAGGGAAACCGAACCAAGUUUGGACUCCAUUGUAGAGCCCUGCAUGGAACUGGUUUCUUUUUUUUUACUUACCUUAUAACUGGAACAUAAACAACUCUCAAACAAUACAUUACAACUAGCGGUUUUUAUGGGAUGGCGGUACUUGCGCUGUAUUGGUUGUGAGUCAUUAAUUGCUUUUGUUGUCAUGGUGAUGACAUGGUUUCCACGUUCUAUUUAACCAGUUAUGAGUUCCGUAUAAAAGACCACAGAACGGUACCAUGUUGGCAGAAAAGUGCUACAUGUGUCUCGAGCCACUGUCUCGGUAUCUCCUCACUGUGCCAAUACGUUUGCUCACGAAGCUCACGAAGCUCUGAGACAUUUCGGGUUGAAAUGCACACCUUCUGAGCGAGUCCACUGUGAAGAUACAACCCCAGAUGUGUGUGGUACAGGCAGGUCACCUGUACACUGCUCAAGCACUUUUUUUUUUUAAAGGCUACGGUUACAGAUAAAGACCACAUUUUCGGUUCUGAGGUACUUCUCACCGUCUUCUCGCUGUGCUAGUCUGGAAGGGGCUUUAAAAGGCAGCUGUCCUGAUUUUGAUUUCUUGAGCUGAAGUUUACGCAAGAUCUCCGUUUUUGUUUUGUUUACGGUGACGAUGGACGUCUAGGUAACCUGACCUAUGUUUUAAAAAAAAAUUACAAAUAAAAGUUUCUGGAGGUUUUAGCUAUGAGGCGAACGAUGAUGAUGUCUGUUUGACCGAAAGGUAUUUUUUUUAUUCUUAAAAUCGUCAUCAAGAGAAUUUUUCAAGUAGGAUUUUGUAUUCUUCUUAUUCAGCAGCUGAUUGUCAGCGAUUACAAUUAUUUAUUGUACUAGUCAUUAUACUGUUUCUUUUUAGGACAUUAAGUUCCUGUUGGUUUGUUUUUGUCUCUUUCUCUGUGACACAUUUCGCAUUACGGAGAGGCAGAAAAGAGACAAUAAACCUGUCAGUCUUGAAGAUUUAAUUGUUGCUGAAAACGUACUGACUGUUGCACUGACACUGGAGACUCCUUCAGUGCAUGUUAAAUAAUCAUCUCCUUGCAGAAAGCUUCUCUAGAUCUGCUAUUCGAGUCUAUAAGAUUGCACGGUUACUAUAGGAACGAUGACAGAAAACUUUUUCCUAUGAAGGGCCAAAAAUCUCACUUGAAUAAGGGCCAUGGGCCGAAAAUAAAAAUGCUGCAUUAGAUUACAUAUUAGAUGAAAAUUUGCCAUGAUUUCUCUCAUUUAGCAUUCAGAAUUUAAAAAUCUAAUUUUAAUCUGCUUAACUAAUGCAGUUCAAGUUUCAAACUUAUAGUGCAGUUUGAAACGAUCGAAUUUAUUGUACAAUACAGUUCCAUAACUAAUUCAGUGACUUCUAAGAGACAUGAAGCUGAUCCUUAUUUUUGGUCCUAACUAGAGAUCGACCGAUAGUGGAUUUUACAGAUUUUGAAAGCUAGUUUCGAUCGUACUUGCCGAUAACCGAUUAAUCAACUGAUGAACUGUUUUUAAAAUAGAUACUGGAUAAUAAAAACAAACAAAAUAAAAUAUAUGCAUUCAAACUGAAACAAAAACUACCCAAAUUAGGGGUGUAACAGUACACGUAUUCGUACCGAUAUCUGAACCGACCCGUAAACUGAGAUACGUACCGAACCGUGAAUUUUGUGUACCGUUACACCCAUACUCUAAAUAAAUAAAAACAGUAACAUCCAAAAUGAAUAAAAAAAAACAUUUUAAAUAAACAGCAUGUUGUGUCAGUGAUUCGCCUCUAGAGGUUGCUCUCGUACUGUAUUACGCAACCCGGAAAAACUAUCUGUUUAUAUAUUUUUGCAGAUGGUCCCUGCAAUCGACUAUCUGUGCUGAUUAAUUUACAAAACCGAUGAAUCGGUUGACCUCUAGUCGUAAGUUUUUCACUACAGAAUAGCUAAAACAUCCUCAUGAUGAGGAUUUAUUAUUAGACCUGGCCUGUGUCUCUGAGGAUUCCCCUCAGAUUUCUGUCGCACAGCCGGAAUGAACAGACUAUUCGUUUCUGGAACAUUUUUGUUUGUGCUUUUUGUAUGUUUGCCUUGAUGUUUGUUAAUCAGUAUUAUUUAUGUUGUUGGGAUUUUUCCUGCUGGUUUUCCCAUUCAGACAGCAACACCAGUCAAAGUCAUAUUUUGAAGCAGUGGAACAGUCGCUAUGCUGCGUGUAUUUUGUCAUCUGCUGGACGGAGAGUAGACGUCAUUUUUUUAUUUAUUUUGCCAGUUUUUUUUUCCAAUGUGAAUUGCACUGAAGAGUUUAGCUUGGAAUUAGAGCAGAAUCAGAAGUGAGAUUGGGAAUCAGUAGUUCCUGAGGUGUCAGAGCUGAAAGUCACCCCAAGGUCGUGUUCCAGUAAGUACCCGAGAGAGCAAGAAACACGUGAAGAAACACUACUGAUAUUGUUAGCGCGAGUUAGUCAUGUGCCAAUCGUUUGUUGAAGAGUUUCAUUCCAAUUGGAAGUUCAGGUUUUUUCACAGGUUUUUUGGUUUUAAAAUCAAGCUACUGGAUACGUUUUCCAUAUCACAACCAUCAGCAUAUGUAAGGACAUCUGUACUGUGCUGUGAAAAAGUAUUUUUACAUUUACAUUUAGCAUGUUUCCCUUAUGAUUGGCAGGUGCUAUUUAAGUGAUUUCUUGAUUCAACAGAUCUGGCAGUAAUAAGGCCUGGGUGUGGCAAGUGGUUGCAUUACUUUUUCACAUACUUUUUCCACAGAUUAUUUCCCUUAACAAAUGAAAUUGUUACAUAAAAACUGAAUUUUGUAUUUACAAAGUUUAUCUUUGUGUAAUAUUGAAAUUUGCUUGAUGAUCAUUUGUCACAAAAAAGCAAGAUCAGAAGGCGACAAAUACUUUUUUACAGCACUGUAAUACCAAGCAUCUAAAUGCUAACACGUCUAAGCAGUUAAAUGUGGGUUAUAUAUAUUGUAAUGUCCAAAAGAAGCAAGAAUGAAUGAAAUCUUAUCUAUCCAUAUCAGUGCUGUUCGGAUAGAAACAUUCUGAUUGACAGAAGGUGUAAAAUAUUUGUAACGUCCUUCCUGUGACGCUCACAUCAGGCUCGCUAUUAAACAAACCGGUUUGAAAACGAUUAGUAAAUAUUUACUAUGUUUUUGAUUUACGUUUAUUAUCUACUGAUCCCCAGGAUGCAUUAGUGCAACAAUAAAAAAAGGAUUUCAGUUUUAAAGCUGGAAUUUUUUUUUUUAUGCUGAUACAGUAUGAUUCAAUUUCGCUGCACGUUUUGUUAAAACACACAUGACUGGAAACAUUUUGUGGAAAAAAAAUGAACGUCCUAAACAAAACCAGUGUCUUCGUAUUGUAUACAAAAUGAGGGAUCAUAUCAUCAUAUCAUAUUUGUGAAAAAAAAAAUUUUUGAUGAUACAGUUAAAUAAAAAUACAUUAUUUUUCGAAAAAAUUUAAGUCACUCAGGAUCAUUUUGGGAAAAGCUUUUUAUUUUAUAAUUGAUCGCAUUAUAUAUUAUACACUAUUAUAAACAAAAGUAUCGGGACACCUGCCCUUUCCAGCCAUAAGUAGUUCUUCACCAAGCUGUUUUCACAAACUUGAAGGCACACAAGAUGUCAAUGGAUAGAAGACUUAAUCCUGCAUGAAAAUGCCUCUGUGCACAAAUCCAGUUUCAUGAAGAUAUGCUUUACAUGGUUUGAAAUGGAAGAUCUCCUGCUGUAGAGCUCUGACCUCAACCCUAUUGAACUGAAAUUGAACUGGA